AUGUGGACAUGUAAUAUUUGCUUUAAAACUUUUAAUCGUUCAACAAGUUAUUAUAAUCAUCGACAAAGCCACAAAUUCAAUUAUGAAAUAAGUAGUAGUGAACAUGAAUCAAGUUCAGAUGAAGAGUCUUCAAACGAAAUUUCUUCAGAUCAAUUAUUUUCAAAGAGGGAUGAUGUUUAUAACCGUAAUGAUGGUGAUGAUGGUGAAGAAUCAAAUGAAAGUGACGAAAAUACUAGAAUUGCAUUUGAUGACUUAUCUGUUCCUAUUAUUGAACAUUCAGUUUUAGCAACAAAUAUAAACGAAAUGGCAAUUCCUAUCUUUUCUGAAGAUGAUGAUCAAACCUUUUCUGAUGAUGAUCAAUCUGAUGAACAAAAUUUUCCAAAUAAGAUUUAUCGUGAUUUUGUUAAGCUUUAG